CAGAUUGAAGGAAUGCGCGUCACGGAAGAGUACAUUUGUAUGGAUGCACCAAACCGAGCAGACACCAGCUGGACCGGUAUCGAUCGCAAUCAGUCAUCACUACCGUACAGUGUCAAAGGUCUCACUCCGACCCGAAUUCCUCUGCACAGUCAGUGCGAUGUGGAAAUCAACUUGUGCUACUAUGAGAAAGAUAUUCCUCAUUCAGAACCGGAUGCAGUGAAU